AUUUACAAAUGUAAACAACUUGUUUGUAAGGUUUAAUGAUAUUUUACUGAUCAAACGGACUUAAAGCUGAAUAUAUUUCAAUUUAGAAGUGUUUACCUUGUAGCCAAGGACGUAUAACUAACAUACGUCCUUGCUUGUAGCAUAGUUGCCAGCACUCCAAACUGUCAAAGAGUUACUGGUGUAAUGUCUAAGAAAGUUUUAAUCACCGGAGCAUCAGGAUUAUUGGGCCGAGCUGUGUACAAGGAAUUUGUGAAUGAGGGAUCAUGGGAAGUUUUAGGUUUGGCAUUCAGUAGGUGUACAGGGAAGUUAAGGAAGUGUGACAUUACUAAAGAUGAGGAAGUUAAAACUGUGAUGAAAGAGUUCAAUCCAUCAGUAGUUAUACAUUCUGCUGCUGAAAGGAAGCCAGAUGCUGUAGAAAAGAAACCAGAAGCAACCCAACAACUGAAUGUAUCAGCUACCAAAGUUAUCUGUCAGAAUGCAGCUGCUGUUGGUGCCUGGGUAUUAUAUAUUAGUACAGAUUACGUGUUUGAAGGGUCGUCACCUCCAUAUAAAGAAGAUGCUAUACCUAAUCCACUUAACAAAUAUGGACAAAGUAAAUUUGAAGGUGAAAAGGUCACAACGGAGGUUAGUCAAGAUAAUUCAAUAUUAAGAGUGCCUAUUCUGUAUGGAGAUAUUGAGUACUUGGAUGAGAGUGCAGUGACUACACUAUUUCAUAAGGUUACAGACUCAUCUAAACCAUGUCCUAUGUCAGAUUAUGAAAGACGUUUUCCAACUCAUUGUGAUGACAUAGCCUAUGUGAUAAGACAGUUAGCAGAGAAAAAGAUCGUGGAUAAUAGUAUAAAAGGGGUAUACCAUUGGAGUGGUGAUGAAAAUAUGACUAAAUAUGACAUGGCUUUAGUAAUGGCAGAAGUUUUCAGUCUUCCUUCAGAUCAUAUUCAACCUGACAAAAAGCCUUCACCUGGAGCUUCUAGACCAUUCAAUUCUCAGCUAAGUUGUCAAAGACUGAAAGACCUAGGAGUAGCAAAAAAUAGCCAGUUUAAAAGCAAGAUUCUUGAUGUAUUGAAGCCAUAUUACAAGACAUGAUUUUACUUUUAUUUUGAUACUGUAAGAAAAUAUUGCUAGGUUUUUUAUGCAAAUAAUGUGACUGGGUGGGUAUCUCAAAAAUAAGAACUCACAUAAUAAUAUCUUGUGCAUAUAUAUGUAUGCAGAUUUUUCUGAAAUGGCAAUAAUUAGUAAUGAUUAGUGUUAAAAUUAAACUAAUAAAAGAGCUGACUGCACCAAAUAUUUUUUAUCUUAUAUACAUGUAAUUGUUAAUUGUCGUUAAGAUUCAAGAACAAUAAACAAUUAUUUGAGAUAAGAAUUUUAAAUGAAAACGGGUGAAAUAUAUAUAGACUGUAGAUUGGUGAUUGAUACACAAUUAAUGUCAGUCUUAGAAAAAAAUAUUAAAUUAUAUUAAAGGUUUUAAAACAAUGUUGGUCAAAUUAGAAUAUAAAAAAAAAAAAUGUUUUGCUGUUUUUCCCCCCUUUUCAGUAGACUUCAAAAUAAUUUAUGUUUAGAAAAUUAUUACAUUCAUUUGAUAAAUAAAAUCCUUGUUUGACAUUUUUUUUUGACAAUACACAGUUUUGUUUCAUUCAGGGAAGUUUGAAAAACAAAUUCGUUAAUAAAUUUAAAGUUCACAGUAACCUAUUAAUUGAAAAAAAAAAAUUAAAAAAAAAUCAUGAAGUGCUGGAAGAUCAGUGAAUAUGAAUGCUUUUAUUAAUUAAUAAAUUUGAUUUUAAUUCAACUUUUUAAUUUGACUUGUUUCAAGAAUAUUUGUUGUCUUUUUAUCAAUCUUUCCCAGAGGGUAUCACCAGUCCAGUAGUCAGCACUUCUGUGUUGACUUGAGUUAUCAUUGAUAUGUUAUAAUUAUGAAUUAACUGUUAACAAAACUUUGAAUUUUUGAAAAAAAACUAUGGCUUUUUUUACCUCAUGAAUAGAUUACCUUAGCUGUAUUUUGCAAAACUUUUAGGAAUUUUUGGUCCUCAACUUCGUACUUUUUUUGGCCUUUUAUAACAUUUUUGAUUUGAGCAUCACUGAUGAGUCUUUUGUAGACUAAUCACGUGUCUGGCGUAAAUAUUAAAUUUUAUUCCUGGUAUCUGUGAUGAGUUUUUUUCCCUUUUUUUGCUACUCAUUAUUACACAAUUAAGUUUUUGGUCAUUGGACAUUUGUGAUUCAUUAUGUUUGUUGCUUUAUUAUUUGUUAGCAAUUUCUCUCGUUUGUAAAUUGGGUUUAAAUUCUUAUAGAUAUAACUUUUAACAAGCUGCUUUUAUUCUAAUGAAAAUAAAUGAAAAUAAAGUUCCAAUGUGUCAUAUUUGUUUGAGUGUGUUCAUGUUUAUGCUUUUAUUCGCUCUUUGUCAUGUUAAAAUUAUCAAUGUGGUGCAUCAUUUAUUAUGUAUAAGCCUUGUCAUAAGGGUUUUUGAUUAUAUGAAUACUUGGCUGUUUGUAUAGACUUAGUGAUUAUUAUUUGAUUAUUUGAUAUGACAAGAUUAUUUGAUUAUUUGACAAGACAAAAUAUUUCUAGAUAAUUUGAUUAUUUGAUAAUCAUGAAAAUCUAGGACUGUAUUUUUUAUUUUAAAUUUUAAUUAAUGAUUAUUGGCAAAAAAUGUGUGAUUAUGUUGGUUCUUGGACACCUCAAAGUCCUUAUGUCUUAGGGAAGUCUGUAUCACAACUUAUUUUUAAUUUUUUUGUUUUCUAGUUAUUUGGAUAAUAAAUGUUGAUUUUAACUGUCAAUUUAAAUAUUGUAAAGAUCAAGAUUUUCAAAAUUGCGUAAAUAAAGUCGAUUUUUUUAAUAUCUGAUGUAAUGAAUUUGAUCUUAAAGAUGAGUAUAAUCAGAAGCAAUGUAAAAAUUUAUUCUUUGAAAUGGAUUUGUCCUUUAAGAAAGAAAGAAAUCUUCACUUCAUAUUUAAAAUAGAUAAUCUUGUUUUGUCAUGUUGAUACAGGCACACAAUCUACAUUAGAUACAACUUGUUAAUUAUUAUUAUUUAUUUCUUUUUACAAUUUGUUUGUAAAGUGGGGGAGGGGGGUACUUAAAAAAAUAUAUAUAGAUAUAGGAAGAUGUGGUGUGAGUGCCAAUGAGACAACUCUCCAUCCAAAUAACAAUUUAAAAAAGUUAACCAUUAUAGGUCAAUGUACGUAUGUACAGAGAAAUAUGAGUUAACAUUGUAAAGAGAAAUGUUUUUAAUGAUGUGGAUAUUUAUGGGUUAGUAGAGAAUUAUAUAUUUAUAUGGAGGAUUGUUCAAUGGCAGAUAAUAAAAAAGUUGUAAAUUA